AUGCGUCGCACGAGUUGGAUUCGAUCAGCGCUCGGCACGGCUGCUCGGUCUGGUGGGCAGAGGACCGGUUUUGCCGGGUCGUCCUCCUCGUUCCUGGUCGGUGCCGCGGCGGCUGUGGGCGUCGCUCUCGGCGCCAUCCUCUACUACGACGAACAGAACCAGGUCGUCUACGCUGUGCAGAAGGACGGCACGGUGAAGCGUUACUUCCUGGGCGUCGACGGCGGCGGCAGCAAGACCAACGUCACGUGCAUCGACGAGGAGAAGAAGGUGGUGGGCGAGGGCACCUCGGGCUGCACCAACUUCAACAGCGUGGGCCAGGAGAAGGCCAGCCAGCACUUGCGCGAGGCCAUCCUCUCGGCCCUCAAGGCCGCCGGUGUCCCUGAAGACCAAGUUGCCGGAAUCUGCUUGAGCAUGAGCGGCGUCGAUCGACCGGCCGACAAGCAGUUGAUGCGAAGCUGGAUCACGCCGAUCCUGCCCAAGGCCCGGAUCGACGUGCACAACGACGCAGUGGCUGCGUUGGUCAGCGGCACCGAUGGCAACCUUUUCGGGUUGGUGGUCAUCAGCGGCACGGGCACCAUCACCUACGGCGUCAACAAGGAGGGCGAAACCACGCGUGCGGCUGGCUGGGGUCCUAUGCUGGGCGACAGGGGCAGUGGCUACCAGAUCGGCUACGAGAUUCUCACCGCCGUCGUGCGCGCCUUGGACGGCCGCGGACCAGCCACGUCGCUCGUCGAGGCUGGCGAGGAGCUGAUCCCGUGGGCCUAUUCCAGCGUGGCCUGGGAGCGCUACGCCCAGCUUGCGCCCCUGGCUGCCAUCGCGGCGCGUAACGGCGACAAAGUGGCUGAGCAGAUCUUGGAGGGCCAAGCCCAGGAUCUGGUGGUGAGCAUCCAGGCCGUAGCCAAGAGACUCCACAUCGAGAACCAGCCCUUCCCGCUGGUGCUGGCCGGCGGCAACUUCACGCACGAGGGCAGCUACCUGACGGCCCUGCUGAAGAAGAAGGUCAACCAGCAGCUCCCGCAAGUCACCGUGCUCCUGCCCACCCUCAAGCCCGAAUACGCCGCCGCGCUGCUGGCCCGCAACAACGCCACCGCCAAGCACUGA